AUGCCUUCACAGUCCGGUUGGAGACCACUCGAUAUUGCGAUCGUUGGUGGCGGCAUAGGCGGUUUGGCAGCUGCUAUAUCGCUAAGACGGGCUGGCCACAAGGUUACUAUCUACGAGCGGGCGGAUUUUGCCGGCGAAGUCGGAGCUUCGAUUUCUUGCGCUGCAAAUGGUACGCGAUGGUUGCAUGAAUGGGAAGUUGAUGUUGCAAAGGGUGAUCCGGUGAUUUUACGAAAAUUGAUCAAUCGGGACUGGAAGACUGGCGAGCCCGUUAGUGUCUAUGAUCUGGGAGAUUAUGAGGAGAAAUGGGGUCAUGUUUACAACAUGUUCCACCGACAAUAUAUGCAUGCGAUGUUGAUGGACACUGCAGUCGGAGAGGGAAAAGGUGUACCGGUGAAACUUAUCGUUAAUCACAAGUGUAAGGACCUAGAUGUCGACUCAGGCCGAAUAACUUUCGAAAAUGGAGUCACAGCUCAACAUGAAGUUGUGGUGGGCGCUGACGGAAUUGGAUCUGCCGUCCGCACCCUCAUUGGUAUUCGUCCAGAAAAGAAACCUGCUUCGUCAAGCUGUCUCCAUGCCAAUGUGGACACUGCAACCGCAGUAAAGCUUGGCCUCGUCGAUUACUCCAAAAACAGCGCGAUUGAGUAUUGGGGCGGACAUCAUAAUGUGAAUAAGAUCGUCCUCUCUCCAUGCAACGGCGGCAGCCUCCUAUCAUAUUACUGCUUUUUUCCCCGAGAGAAAGGCGACUAUGCCACUCACAACUGGAACAGUGAAGCAACAGUGGAAGAGCUUCUUGCUCCUUACCCGGAUUUGGACUCUCAGGUUCUAGGACAUUUGAAGAUUGGAAAAGAGAUAAGGCCGUGGCGGUUGUGGGUGCAUGAGCCAUAUGAGUGGUGGCAGAAAGGCGUGGCUUGUGUCAUGGGUGAUGCUGCGCAUCCGAUGAUGCCGGAUCAAAGCCAAGGUGCUUGCAUGGCAAUCGAAGAUGCCGCUUGUCUAGGUCUGGUAUUCAGCCAAAAGCAUUUCACCGGGGAUGUUCGCGAGGCUCUGGAAAUUUAUGAGAAAGUUCGCAAACCAAGAGCGACAAAGGUACAGGCAGCAUCCGCCAGAGCGAGAGAGAAUAUCCAUGAGCGUAUUGGAUUCUCCGACAACACAAACAACCCACUAUAUAAAGUUAAGGAUGAGAGAAAUAAGCUCACCAUUGAAGAGAUGAAUAGCUAUGAUAUGCAUAAGGAUGUUGAAGACGUAUUCGCUCAACAUAGGGCCCCCAAAAAUAACCUAUAA